AGGUGAAACCAAGGCACAUGUCGUCGGUGUAGGCUCGGACCAAAUCAACAGGCGUUUGGCAGGUGGCAGCUGGCAGCGAAACUUGGACACCGUUGUGCAGUCCGGCUCUUGAAAGAAGGUUGGCAAAGCCCCCCUAGCCUUCGUGUUCCCUCCGAAGCAUAUUAUUUCCGUCACCUGAGAUUCAAACCUUGCUCCGACACAUCUUGCUCGCAAUAAUAUCUCGUCGUGGGUGUCGACUUUCAGUCGCGACGCCGCCGCAAGACACUCCCCACGGGCAACAACGGGCGGGGACACGAACGUCUGGUAUAUGCCAUGAGAGAGGAGUAGAGUGAAGCAGACGAUUCUUGUUGGACAUGGAACGCCCAUACCAGUUUACCGACGAUCGCGACGGCGCGCGUUCACCUUUCAACCAGCAACUACUCAAGCCUGCCUCACAGCCAGCGGCCUCUGCAUUCAAGACGAAUGUGAAUCGCAGCAAGACGCGCAAAUGGGCAGAGGCCAAGAACUAUACUUACGACGGCGACGACUGGGGCGGUUAUGACCCUUAUGACGAAUACGGCAGUUACGACGACAAGGGGGACGCGCCCCUGCCUGCUGUAGACGCACGAAGGAACUCGUUCGAGACUGGCGAGGAAGUCGCCGCCUUUUCUUCUGCUCAACAGCAACAGCAACAACAGCAACAGCAACAGCAACAACCGCAGCGGGCCCCAGCUCCUCCCGCGCAUAUCACUCCUACCAAACCACAACCUCUCCAGCCACUGUCGCAACCGCAGCAUGACUUUGGUAUCCGCCGCGACUUCUCCCAGAUCGCUCACGUCCCGCCGCCCCUCAAGACAAACACUUCCCCCCACGUCGUUCGCGAACGCUUCCCCGCUAGAAAGAGUAGUCUACAAUCCAGCUUGCCAUCUUCGCCGGCUCAGAGUAUUCAACAGCCCGCGGACCAAGAGCCUGCCUCACCAUCUUUGAGUGCUUCGAAUUCUGCCAAAGCUCUGCCCUUCAUCCGCCCUGCCGACAUCUACAAGCGCAUGGAAGAGGAGCGUCUGAGAGAACAAGAGUCCAAGACUCAGAUCGAGCCAGUGACGGUCAAGCAUGAGGAACAUCGAGGCUUCGCAGUUGAGAGCCCUGUCUUAGCCAGAGCGAUUGGUGCUGAUGUCGUUGGGGCCGAGACAACAAGGCAGGAGUUGCCUGUAGGUGCAUCGCUCGGUUCCUCCCUGCCUGCAGUCAAUCGUGUCGCUUCCGGCUUCGGCUCCGAGUUCUGGAACGCCUCCGAGCUGUCUAGUUCGCUGAAUACUGCUGACAACCUCUCACCAACUACCACCAGCAUCGCCCCUACAGUACCUGCAGAAGUCAAGGCUGUCCAAGACCCCUCUCACGACUUGGAAGACGCCGUGAGCCAAGCAUUCGAGCGUCGAGAUGAUUCUUCAGUGCCCCCCACGCCCAUCUCUCGCGACAACUCACAGUCUGGUCAUGCUUCCGACGUAGGCAUCAGCCCAAUAAUGAGCCGUGUGCCAAGCGCUGCUACCGCAGAAGCAAGAGCUCGUAUCGCCGAGAACAGAGACAUGGGUUCCAUCGCUGAGGAAACCACUUCGUCCGGCAGCCACGGCUCGCGACCAUCGUCGUCACAUCAACUAGCCACAAAGAGACGCACCCCUACACACUCCCGUAAUGUCUCGGCCGACUCUUUGAGCAACAGCCCUGCCAGAACUCCACAGUUGGAAUACACAAAGAGACUUUCUACCCCAAUGUCAGCGGAAAGCUCGAGUAUGCAAGACGAGGAAGCCGCUUUGCCCACCGACAUGCCUAGCAAACCGCUCCCUAUCGCUUCAGUACGCGUGAUAGCGCCUUCGGCUGACUACAGCCGAAGAGAGUCCGACAUUGCCGCUGACGCAUCCUCGACCUCGCCUGUCGAUACUGCCGAAGCUGCAAAAGCAGCCAGGGCACAAUUUCUGCAAACUCACAACGAAAGGGUCGAAUCGCCUGUUAUCGGAAGCCCAAUUGAUCGCGCACCCUCUCCGAUUUCUCGACAAGGAUCUCCCGGCCCUUCACGGGUUCGUGAUCUUGCAGGCAAGUACAAUGAGCUUCAUACUCUUUCGAGAAGUAACUCCGCAAUGUCUUUCAACUCUCAAAAGAGCGACAACAUGUCUUUGAAGAGAGUUGGCACUUGGAGCACUACAAGUGAGACGUCUGGCGUGGAUGGCAACGAGACGGUUGUUGAGUCGGUAGAGCAAGCUCCUUCGGAUCGUCCAGACCCUACUCGAAGCGAGAGUUUCCGACCACACUUACCUGGCGAGUGGGUGUCGUAUGUUGGAGCACCUGGUUCAGACAUACCUACUGCCCAGGAAGCGACGAGACGAAGUCAAGACGACACGAGUCUCGCCUUUCAUCCCGACAUGAGCACGCCGAAACAAGCGACCUUUGACUCCACUGACGACCUUGAUCUUGCACCCUCGACAGCAAAACAACCACUGGCUCACAGAGACAUCCAGCCAAAGGCAAGCAGCCCUGUCGAUGCUGUGAAGAAUGCAGGAGAAGCGUUGGGUGCUGUGCUGUUGUCAUCCUUUGGUCAGAACCAUGGGACUCGGGAUUUUGCUCAGCCGGAACCACAAUCUCCAGAAAGGGACCUGUCUGCUCCAGAGUUGACAGGCCCUCGUCCUUCGAUUGGCGAUGUUUACCUCAGACCUCUAAUGGUUGAUCGUACGGCCUCAUCAGUCGCUUCCAGCGUUGGUCCUACUCCACCACCUAAGGACACUCCCGAUAGUCUUGGGGUGCCUGGAUCCUCUGAUUACUUUCCCCCACCGAGGCUACGCAUCAAUUCCGACGCAAUGUCGCCAGCUUCUGAUUACUCGCCUGCUGAUACGGAGUCCGAUCGUCUACGCAGAGAAAUUGAGAGAAGUCUCACUCCGCAAACGCAGACUGAGGACCAGCAGAUUCGUGAUCAGGAUGCGCUUGAUGCACCAGCAACGCUUCGAGAUGUUCAGAAGAACGAAGGUCUGCAAACCGCUCAGGAUCAAUCUGCUGUUGAGCCUGUGGCAUCGUUGAACCCACCGCAGGACCCGAGCUCCGGUUUACUAGGUAAGCGCUUCAGCUUCGAGAAAGGCCAGAGCAUGUCCAGCCUUUGGGGUGAACCGGGCGAGGAAGUCAAGCGUGCUUCAUAUGAGCGUCCGAGGUCUGGCGUCGGGCUUCAUGUUAUCAACACAAACCUGAGCAGCAGCAGCGAGUCGAGCGCUGCUUCCUCGGUUGAGGAUCUUCCAGCUGAGGCUAUGGGGGAGCCUGUGGUCACGCAGCCAGGCUAUAUGGCUUCUAUUCCACAGCAUGGAACCACCCCAGAAUACCCUGCCAAUGUGACAAGAGACGAGGCCAUGCCCCCAUCAGAUGCUCCUACUGUUGUCACUAGAGACGAAGUUAUGCCCGACACAGUCGCAACGCCUACUGUAGAGCUCCCAACAGCAUCAGAGGAGGCCAUUGGUGAGCAAAUGCCCGUGCCGAUUGUUGCUGAGACCGAGACCCCGUCAGCUUCAUCAACGACUGCAAACAUGGCCGCUCGUAUACCUCCUGUCAGAGAAAUCAUGGCUAUGAAAUCUGUUGAUGAGCGUAUUAAUACCUACAACUCCUCACGAGAGCAGAUUGCAUCGAUGGAUACUGGCCUCAGCAACUGGCUCAGCUCAACUCUUUCCUCCAAUCCCGAGCACGCGCAUGUCGUCACUGACGCAGCAACCAAGCCUGCUAACUCCUCUGCAGUUGGUGGCAGCAUUCGUUACAAGCCCCAGCCUGGAAACAUCAUGAAGAUGGCGAGGAAAGGCCUCAGUGGCGUCACAAAUAGAGAGCCUUCGGGAACUCAUGCCGCCGACCCUAGUCAAUCAACCCCCGCUGUCGAACGCCAGAAUUCGAAUGUCCAAGGACGCUCCCCGUCAGCACAACAUGGAGGUGUUGAGAAGAUGCAAACAAAGGGCAAGGACUUGUUACACUCCGCCGGCAUGUUCGGUGGUAAAGCCACCGUAGGGGCUAAGGGCCUUUUCGCAAGAGCAAAAGGAAGGCUUCGUGAAGGUGGAAGUGAGAAGGUAGAUUGAUUUUUUCCUUGUGUUUGCCAUUCCCCUCCCGAUCUUUGACGCGCUUCUUGAUCUUGUUGCCGCAUGCAUUUCGACGAUUCGCCUCCAUGUUUUUGCUAUGAUUAUCUUCGGCGGUCGCAUUCCCCAGCUGGCGGACUUGUUUU